AUGUCUAAAAAAGAUCGAUUUUCUUUUAGAUAUUAUGUUGGGCAUGAAGGAAAAUUUGGUCAUGAAUUUCUUGAAUUUGAAUUUAAUUCUAAAGGAAGAUUAAGAUAUGCUAAUAAUUCAAAUUAUAAAAAUGAUAAAAUUAUUAGAAAAGAAGCAUAUGUUAGUAAAUCAGUAUUAAAUGAAUUAAAACGUAUAAUAGAAGAAUCUGAGAUAUGUAAGGAAAGUGAUAAAUUAUGGCCUGUUCCUGAUAAAAUUGGAAAACAAGAAUUAGAAAUAUUUUUAGAUGGAAAUGAAUAUUAUUUUACUACAUCAAAAAUUGGUUCGUUAUCUGAUGUAAAACAAUGUAAUGACCCUGAUGGAUUAAGAGUUUUUUAUUAUUUAGUUCAAGAUUUAAAAUGCUUUUUGUUUUCUUUAAUAUGCUUACAUUUCAGAAUUAAACCUGUGUAA